ACCUUGGCCACCCAGCCAAAGUGAAUGUUGCGGGACAACAUGGAAGAGUUGCGCGAGCGCAAAGGGAACUCGAUGACGACAUCCCCCGCCACGACAGUCGCUACGCCGACGGUGUCAGCUCAACAGAGGGUGCACAAUGCACUCGACUGGGCCUACCUCAAUUUGGGUGGGGAAGCUUGGGACUGCCAGCCAGCUUGCUGGAUCACAGACUAUGUGCUUGGCGUGCAGUGCUUCUUCUCGACGGUUGCCGUUGUGUAUUCAUCCGAGAAUCGAACUGAUUCGACUUGGUACCUCGUGUACUUCAUUGCGAUGGGCACGACCGCGGUCCUCGGUGGCCUUCUCCACCACAUGGCGUUCAAGGCAAUGAAGAGAUUCAAUCUAGACCCUGCCAACACGUCCAAGCGCGUGUUUGGCAUUUACCUCCAGCAAUCUUCCGUGGAUACGUGCUUGGCGUGGGUGUGGCGCUUUUGUCUCGGCUUUACGACGCUGACAAACUUUGCGCUGGUCGCCGCGCCAGCGUCCCGCUACCUCAACGACCAGUUGUCCGAACUCACGAUUUGGGUUGCCGGUUUUGGUUACUCGUUGGUUGGUGCCGCUGCAUUUGUGAAGAUGCAAUCGUCCAUCAUGCUCCUCGGCUUUCUUCCGCCCAUGUUUUUUGGGAGCAUCUCUGCCAUUGCCACGUUGAGCGAAGGCUGGCUGUUGGAACUGCUAGUCCUGCUCUUUAUCCUAACAGGUGGCCUCGUGCAAGCCGUCGAAGCCUCGCCAUCCCAAAAGCAUUUCAACCACAACGCUCUGGCGCAUGUUCUCCUCAGCGCGUCCGCCACCGCCAUGAUCAUGCACUUCUACACACGGACCCCCCAGCACGUUGAUUGAGAAUGCGUUUAUCUGUUGCAAGCUGCACCUGUUUACGCUAAUUUACUUCCAAAUCGUCGAAUUACUUCAAGUAUAUUGACAGUUUCCACGUCAAUUGCAGCAAUAUUGCUUCGAGAGUUCAUAAAAAUGUCUAAAAC